AUAAAAACGUCUUGCCGUAUAUUGUGGAUGCUCAGUCGUUCACUCACAUUUUGCUCGAUCGGUUGAUCAUGUUCGGGCGAGCGGUUUUAUUUUCUUUGUACAUUUUUGCCACUUGUGUUAUGGCGGACAUUCGUUCCUGUAAUGAAGUUAUUGAAUAUAGUGAUCCGAGAAAUAACUUUUUCGUAGGAAAUAUUACGUCGAAGUUGGUGCGGAAGCGACAAGUUGAUCCUAUUUUUAUUGGUCAUCCGAAGACACAACAAGAAAUUUGGCAUCAAAAUUUUAAAGUUGAAUCGAUAAUAAAAGUUGAAGACAUACUUGUUCAAUUAUUGAUCAAAAUCGUCGAGAUUUAUUUGAAAGACUGCAUACCCAUUGUUGUCUACGACAAGUAUGUCGAGGAAUCAGAUGGAGUCAUUCUACAAAGAUUGUUUACGAACCUGAACAUAACAUACAUUCACGGUAAAAUCGACCGCAACUACAAGCUGGUGAAUAAAUUUAUCCUACAACCACUGGAUUCGAGAUGUCGGAGUUAUAUACUGUUCCUAUCAGACAUUCUUCGUGCUAGAGACAUUCUUGGACCACAAACAACGAGCCGUGUCGUAAUUGUGUCGAGAUCUACGCAAUGGAAGCAGCUGGAAUUUCUGUCAUCGAAGUCUGCGAGUGAUUUGAUCAAUUUAAUUGUCAUUGGGGAGUCAGUUGGGGUGGACAGUAAUAAGGAUCAUCCUUACGUAUUGUACACCCACAGACUAUACACUGAUGGCCUUGGAUCCAAUGUUCCAGUGGUGCUCACUUCGUGGAUGAACAAAAAACUUUCGCGUCCCCAUUUAAAUCUCUUUCCAAGAAAAUUCCUUAAAGGAUUUGCUGGGCAUCGUUUUACUGUUUCGGGGUAUCAUAAGCCUCCGUUCGUAGUUAAAAAGGUAUGGACGGAUGGUGUUGGAAACACAGCAAUCACUUGGGAUGGAUAUGAAUUCCGUAUAAUGAAAAUUUUAUCACAAAGACUCAAUUUCACCUUUGACGUAAUCGAACCAACGACCAAGAAUAAAUUAGGGCCGACCUAUGGAGUGAUCGAGGACGUUUCUCGUCGUCGAGCUGAUGUUGGAUUAGCAGGAGCGUAUGUGGCCUCCGAACGCCUUAGCUUAGUAGAUAUGUCUACCCAACAUUCGUCCGAUUGUGCUGCUUUUAUAACGUUGGCAUCUAAAGCUUUACCGCGAUAUCGGGCAAUAAUGGGUCCGUUCCAGUGGCCUGUGUGGGUGGCUAUUACAGCGAUUUAUCUUCUAGCUAUUUUUCCUCUUGCAUUCUCUGACAAACUAACAUUGAGCCACUUGAUUGGCAAUUGGAGUGAAAUUGAGAACAUGUUUUGGUACGUCUUCGGAACAUUCACAAACAGUCUUUCAUUUACUGGACGUAAUUCGUGGAGCUGCACCAAAAAAAGUUCAACGAGAUUGUUGAUUGGAUGGUAUUGGGUGUUUACCAUAAUUAUAACAGCUUGCUACACCAGCUCAAUUAUUGCUUUCGUCACUUUGCCCAUUUUUCCGGAAACAGUUGAUUCGAUUUCCGGACUGUUGAACGGAUUUUUUCGUGUUGGUACUUUGGAAAACGAUGGUUGGCAAUUUUGGUUUCUAAACUCAAGUCAUGCUCAAACAUCAAAACUUAUCAAAAAUCUCGAAUUUGUUGUUGAUGUUGAAGAGGGACUGAGCAAUGUCACCCGUGCUUGGUUUUGGCCGUACGCUUUUAUUGGGUCGAAAUCCCAGCUGGAAUUCAUCGUCAGAGACAACUACACGGACGAAGUUCUGGGGAAACGAUCAGCUCUCCAUAUUGGCGAAGAAUGUUUGUCUAUCUAUGGAGUGUCGUUUAUGUUUCCAAAAGAUGUUGUCUACACCGAACGGAUAAAUGAUGCCAUUUUGCGGCUGUUAGCGUACGGCAUUUCAAAUAAAAUGUUAAGCGAAAUGGAAUGGGACUUGCAGCGUAAGUCGAAGAAAGCUCUGCUAAAAUCGCAAGGAAUUAAAACGUUUAAAGUAACGGAAUCUGAAGAAAGAGGUCUCACAUUGGCUGACACGGAAGGAAUGUUUCUGCUAAUGGGAAUCGGAUAUAUAAUCGCUGCAUCAGUAUUAGUAUCGGAAGCUAUUGGAGGCUUUGCGAAUAAAUGUCGAAAAAUAGCUAGACGAGUUUCAACAGCCAGCUUAACAAUUGGAGAGUCAACUUCCCAUCCCAAUUCAGUGAGAACGGGUAUAACUACCGACAAAGAGGACAACGACGGUUCCUUAGCCUCCAGUUUAAUUUUUUCAGCGCCGAGGAAUGAUUUUUCCGGUAAUAUCCUACGGAGACGGCAAUCUGAACAGAUUCCUGGUCGAACCACGAUGGCUGGACGGGGACAUCAACGCCAUAAUUCUUUGGUUGAAGUAAGUCAUGUACGGCCAACAAAUUCUUCUUCCGUUUCAAUGCUAUCAUUGGGUGGAAUUGAAGAAAAUCAAUCUACUGACAAUUCACUUAAGUCAUCAGAAGUAGAUAAUGGACGUCAGGAGCAUGCAGUAGAAAUUAACAGAGUGCAGACACCGUUCAGCUAUGUUGAUGAGAGCUUUGGCGAAAAGAUUGUUCAUUCAUUGUAGAGCUGAUUGAAAAUUGUUUAACGAAUGUUUUGUUCGGUACGGUACCAUUGAAUAAAUACCAUUGAUUAAUUACUCUUGCAAGCAAA